CCGGUGUUGUGUAAAAGUGCUAUAAAAAACUUUAUCAACUCACAAAUCAGAUUUUUAAUUUAAUAAGAUAUGGACAGUAAGGAGUUUAGAGUUAGAGGCAAAGAAGUGGUUGACUACAUAGUCGACUAUCUGGAGAACAUAAGAGAACGACGAGUUUUUCCUGACAAAAAACCCGGAUUCAUUAGAGAUCAGAUACCGGACUCGGCUCCGGUGGAGGGCGAAGCAUGGUCCACCAUUUUCGAGGACAUGGAGUCGAUAAUAAUGCCAGGAGUAACCCACUGGCAGAGUCCACAUAUGCAUGCGUAUUUUCCGGCGUUGAACAGUUAUCCCUCCAUGCUGGGAGAAAUGCUAACCAACUCCAUCAACUGUUUGGGAUUUACAUGGGCUUCCAGUCCAGCUUGUACAGAGUUAGAAAUGAUGGUUAUGAAUUGGUUAGGCAAAAUGAUUGGAUUGCCAGAAACAUUUUUGCACAGAAAAGGAGGAAUUGGUGGUGGUGUUAUUCAGACCACAGCCAGCGAAUCCACGUUGAUUUCCUUAUUGGCCGGAAGAUACAUGGCCAUGAAAAUGUAUCAAGAAAUGCACCCAGAAGUAUGCAAAUACGAAAUAAAUGGAAAAUUGGUGGCGUAUUGUUCAGAUCAAGCUCAUUCAAGCGUUGAAAAAGCUGCUCUUAUUGGUUUAGUUCGAUUAAGGUACAUCGAAUCUGAUGAAAACUUCUCCAUGACAGGUGCUAAUCUAAUGAAAGCAAUCAUGGAAGACAGAGAUAAGGGACUUAUUCCUUUCUGGGUUUGUGCCACUCUUGGUACAACAGGAUCGUGUGCUUUUGAUAAACUAAAAGAAAUAUCAGAAAUUUGCUACAGUGAAUUAUUAUGGUGUCAUGUGGAUGCAGCCUAUGCAGGCAGUGCUUUUAUAUGUCCGGAAUUCAGAGAUUGGCUAAAAGGAAUCGACAAAGCCAACUCCAUUGCAUUUAAUCCUUCUAAAUGGCUGAUGGUUCAUUUUGAUUGCACAGCUAUGUGGGUUACUAACAGUGGAGCUUUGCAUGGUGCUUUUAAUGUAAAUCCGUUGUAUCUAACACAUGAAUAUUCAGGUCUAGCUAUAGAUUAUAUGCACUGGCAAAUACCUUUAAGCAAAAGAUUUAGGGCACUUAAACUGUGGUUUGUUAUUAGAAAUUAUGGCAUAAAAGGAUUACAAAAACAUAUACGACACGGUGUUUUCUUAGCAGAGAAGUUCGAAUCAUUGGUAAGAGCAGAUACACGAUUUGAAUUACCGGCAAGACGGUAUUUAGGCUUGGUGGUAUUUCGCUUGGUGGGUGAUAACGUUAUAACAGAAACACUAUGGAAACGUUUAAAUGCCAGGGGAAGAAUUCACUGUGUACCAGCAUCAUUAAAGGGAAAAUACGUUAUAAGAUUUACAGUUACUUCUCCAAGAACGACAAUAGAUGAUAUUGUAACCGAUUGGAAAGAAAUUGCAUUGGUAGCUACGCAAGUGAUUAAGGAUAGUUUAAUUGAAAAGAGGCAAAAGGUUCCAUUGGGAGAUACCAAAGAAAGAAACGAAAACUUCGGAACAAGUCUUCUUCUUUCCAACUCACCGAUGUCUCCAAAAAUUGUCAACGGUUCCUUUGCGGCUAUUUACGAUCAAGGAGAUGUUUUAGCAGAAUUCUCCAGAACAAUAAAGUUACGUCAAGAUGCACAAAACAGUCCAGCGAUGCGUAGAAGAAUAAAGGGGAUUUUAAUGUCCGGAAAACAAUUUUCACUGGAUUCCAGAUUAGAUUUGUUUCAUGGAAUUGAGAGUCCCACUGAAAGUCGCGAUGAGGCUUCAAAUUUACCUGUUUUGGAAGAUACGGAGGAAAAAAGUAGCAGUUCAUCAGAGUUUAACGAUGAUAAUGAUUAUCUCACAGAAGACUUUCUUCAGGUGCCGUUUCCCAGACAAGUACGGUCUAAAUCUGUUGAUCAUCCCUUACCAUUGUCGAUAUCUGGGUGUCUUGAUACCAAAAAAAUGUGCACCAAAUGUGGACACGAAAUCAUAGAAAAACGAUCAAAAUAAAAAAUACAUAUGUUUGCUUGGUGUUUAAACCCUUUAUAAAGGGUUAAUAUUUGUAAAAAGGAUUAAAAAAUGUUGCCUACUGAAAUGUGUAAAUUUUAAAUCAAUAUUAAUAAAAUAGCUCAUAUAGAAAAUAAUACAAAUUAGAAUCAGCUUUGUCUGUAUGGUAGUUUAGAUGUAAGUUUGGGGAAGUCUUUUUUAAAAAUUAUUUUAUUUAAUUGUACAAAAUAUUCUUUAGGUUAAUUUAUUUGUUGUUUAAUAAUAGC